CCUACCACGCCGCUCCUCGGUGCUUCUAGAUGGAGGAGCACCACAGGUUGCUCCACCUUUGUCGCCUCUCAAGUCCCAACCCACCUCCGUCGCCUCACCUAAUCCCCACCAAAGCUCCACCCUCGGCGAGCCAAAUCAAGGAUGACCAGGGCAAGUUCCUGCCUCCACCGCAUCAGAGGCUUCACCGCGGGUCCGUGGCCACCUUGGCCAAGCCCGGUGCUGCACGCCGCUGUUGCCUUUCUGCUGACGGGCCGCUGUUGCCUCUCCCUGUUUCCCCUGCAAAGCUUCCCCUAUGUGUCCUCACCCUCUGCCUCAUCUCAGUCUCCCGGGGCACGCUCUCCCUGUCCUUCUUCCCUCGUUCUUCCACCUGAGAAGGCGCCUCACCAGCGCCCGGCCUCGCCGUCGCGCCUCCCCACGCCUGCGCACGCUCCGCCCCGCUGGUGCGCCGCUCGCCGGAGCCGAGCACCGCCGCCGCCCUACCCCGCUUCCCCCUGCUCCCCUUUCCUCUUGUCUCUCUCUAACCUCUUUCUCUCUCCCAUGGACGCCUGGAGCUCCCUCGCCGGCCGAUGCGCCGCCUUGCCCCGCGGCCUACAGAUGCGGCCGGCCACCCCGCCGGAGCCGAGCGCCGCCGCCGCCCCAGGUGAGCAGCGUCGCCGCCCUGCCCCAUUUCCACCCCACGGCCUACAGAUCCGGCCGGCCUCCAUUGCCCUUGUCGUUCCCGUGCCCGGAUCUGGCCGGAGUUCACCGCCACCGUGCCCGCCCGUGUCGGCAACGUGGCGGCCUCCUCAGCCUCGAGGGCGAGCUCCCAGUUGACCGCGUCCGCCGCCGCGACGCCUCGGUCCACCGCGGCCUUCAAUGCCCGCCGCGACGCCUCUGUACGCCGCGCUCUACAACGCCAGUCGCGACACCUCGCCGCAUUCCUGGGCUCUGGCGGCGCUCACGUCCGCCGCGACGCAUCCCCUGCCUUGCUUGUGCGGUGUCGACGCCGGCGACAAGCGGUUCAGUAGAGGCAGGGUGUUUUUUGCAAAAAAACAAACGUUAUCUACAAUUUAAGUAGGACUGCGCGUUAAUUUCGGGAAAAUAGGGGGACUUUUUUGCAAAAAUGACAGCGACGGACGACCAGAAGCAUUAGCUGCUUUAUUAGUAGGGAAAGAUUAUAUUAGUCAGGUAUAAUGAUCUUUCCGUCUUGCAAAAAUAAAUAUGGCAGAAUAUCAA